GGAAGAAGUUUAUACCACACGACCACAGCUCUUUACACAGAGACUCUAUGCCUGCGGUCGACGCUUCCGAAAAUGCUGGUCCCUCUCUCUUUCCUCUUGGCGCUGGACCCCCGCUUCCGGACUUCUCCAGUCUGCUCGUUCACGGAGCUUAUCACCCAUCUGCGCCGUUGCAUCUAUGCUUCUCUGCCUCUCGAAUAAGCGCACCAGGCUCGUCUACCUCUGAGUUGCCUGACCUAGUCGCCGACGCCCCUGUCCUACUCGUAACUGCAAACAGGGACGCGCUGAAAGAUGGUCUACGCGCAGGUGGCUGGCAGCGGACUGGCAGAUCCAUGCAUGCCGCUAAGCAAGUGCAGGUGCUCGCCCCACCAACAGCUGUGCACGCUGAGCUCCUGCUAUCAUUACUGCGCAUUUGGACGCCAGGAUGCGAGACAACUAGGCCGGUCCUCAGAAAGCCUAAGACGAGCGACGCGUCAACAAGUGGCGAGCCCCGCGCGACAGCCGCAGGCGCUUUGGCUAGUGACGAUGCCUCGAUAGCGAAUGCGCGGGUGUUAGCGCCAAAGCCUGCCACGAGCAACACAAUGCGCGCCAACAUUCUUCCGGAAUGCCCAGCGCUAAUCGUGCUACAUGAGCCAUCGGCGUACUUUGUACAGAGCGAGAGUGAGGACGAUGAGGACGGUGCAACACCCACUAUGUCGUCCUAUAUCGCCUUGGUCUCGCGAUUGCUACGCGCAGCAGUCAAGAUUUACCUUUCUACCUACACUUGUUUCCGACAUGCUGACCAUACCAUCGCGACAUUGGUGCGCUUGCUCGACAUUGCCUUGCAUGUCUACCAACUCUCUGCGACGUCGAACGGAAUCACCGCCACUGUCCGCCCGACCCGCGCUGGCAGACCUCCUGUACCAGUAGCGCUGUUCGAUCGUGGCAGUCAUACUUUGCGCCUGCCGCUUAGCAGACCUCCAAUGUUUCCUCGCGAAGGAGCGGUGGAGCAUGAAGGAGAGGACAGAGUGCAGUCAGCCGCGGAAGUAUCCGAGUUCGUCCGUGCACUGUUCCAGUGGGAAGCUUUCAUAGAGGAUGGGGAGCCCAAGCUGACCACCGCAUCCUCAGAUGACACCGUCGUACCAUCGUCCCAAGACCAGGAACUUCAUGAAGACCACGGCACUCCUCGGCGCCUGACGCUGCGUACCGCCUCGGCGGAAAGGACAUUGCUGUUCCGGGAGAGGGGCAGGACCUUCAUUUGGGACUCCUAG